CUCCAACCAUCCUUCACAGGUGGAGCCACACGAAUCACUAGCAUCUUAAUAAGAUAGCAAGCACUCGAGCUCGACACGCAUGGAGUUCAUCAGGGGCAGAGCGCGCCGCUGCGUGGCGCUACUUGUCUCCAUGGCCCUGCUCCCUCUGCUGGGAAUGGCCGCGGACUCCAUCGGCAGCUACUGCGCCGGCAGCAGCUACGCGGGCAGCAGCAAGGCCGUGGCCAGCAUCAACUCCGUCCUCGCCGACCUCGUCGCCACGGCCUCCACAGGGGGCUACGCCACGUCCACCGCCGGCAAGGGCAGCGCGGUCAUCUACGGCCUCGCGCAAUGCCGCGGCGACGUCUCCGCCGGCGACUGCGCCGCUUGCCUCGCCGACGCCGCCAAGCAGCUCCCCAGCACCUGCAGCUACAGCUCCGACGCAAGGAUCUGGUACGACUUCUGCUUCAUGCGGUACGAGAACGCUGACUUCGUCGGGCAGGCGGACACGGACGCCGGCGUGAUCCUGGUGAACGUGCAAGCGGCGGACAACGCCAAGGCGUUCGAGAAGGCGGUGGCGAAGGCGGUCGGGAAGGCGACGGCGCAGGCGUCGGCGGCCGGCAGCGCGGGGCUCGGGCGGGGCAGGGACCAGUACACGGCGUUCGUGACCGUCUACGGGCUGGCGCAGUGCACGCGGGACCUGGCGCCGCUGGCGUGCGCGCAGUGCCUGUCCACGGCGGUGUCCCGGUUCGGCGGCUACUGCGGCACGCGGCAGGGGUGCCAGAUCAACUACAGCAGCUGCAGGGUGCGCUACGAGAUCUACCCCUUCUACUUCCCGCUCGCCGGCGACGGCCGCCGCGCCGCCACCGACAUGACCAAGAACACCAAGAUCGUCGUGCGCCCUUGAUAUGUGUGUGCGCGUGUGCACGUAAUAAGGCGGCACAUCAUCAUGAUGUGCUUGCACACAUAAGUUUGAAAGUCGCUAAGGAUGAAGGGAUUGGCUUGAUAGAUGUUUGUUGGAUAAGGCUAUAAAGAAAUAUCCGCCACUAUGUAGCUACUGCUAAGCAGUUUUAAGUACAUGUCUGCGUUGAAGCAAUAAUAUUGAUAAGUUAGCUACAGAA